AGUUGCGUUCAGUCAACGAGCAACAUUUGCGGCGAGCAGUGGUCGUAAACGUGAAUUUGUAGACUAACGGAAAAGUGGCCUUACGUGGUUUGUGCGUGUGUGUGCGUUCAGCAGCAAUGUGCAAAAAUAUUUUUAUCUAUUGGUGUUGUAUAUUUAAAUUGAAUAUAUAAAUAAAAAGCAUCAUUCUAAGCGUACAUGAGAUAUAGCCACAGUGAGAGAGAGAGAGAGAGAGAGAGAGCGCGUGACUACGAAGAGAGAACUUGAAGUGGCCAACGGAAGUACGUAAGAGCAAAAAGUGUCGAAAUUGCAUUUGUGUGCGUGUGCUUAACGUUGAACGCUGAACGCUGAACGCUAAACAGCUGCCGUGGCUGUUAGAAAGUGUAGCCAAAGAGUGACAUCACGUCAGCCGUUACGGAUACGAUUGCGAGGAGAAUAAGUUGCAAUUAGCAAUCUGUUUCAUUGCUGUGGAAAAGUCGCUGAGAUAAUCCCCACAAGCGGAGCUGUCGAAAAGCCAUACAAGAAAGUGUGGCUAAUUUGAAAAUCGAACCAGCCGCAACAAGACGUCAGCCGGCUGCAGAACGUACGAGAAUUAACGGGCAAACACAUUGUCGCUCUCAAGGUGAACCUGCCUGCCGAACGUACAAACAGCGGCAACGGCAGUGGCAGCAGCAGUAGCAGCCACAGUAGCAGCAGAGGCAGAGCCAGAAGCAGAAGCAGCAGUAGCAAAAAAACUCAAUUCAAUUUAUUUCGAAAUUAAUCGCAGCGCUUCGAGACGGAAACAGAAAGUGACGAAAAGAGACGCUUGUGGCAGCCAAAAUGAAGCCCUCUGUGAUAGCAGCAAAUCAAGCUAGCGCAGGCAGCGCAGCCGGUGGUAACAGCGGCGGCAGCAACGGCAGCGGCAACGGGGCGCCCGCAGGGGCCGGCGUCAGCAUACCCAUCAGCCGUGAGUACGUUGGGAUUGGAGGGGAGCACAGCGCCUCGCCCCAGCAGCACUAUGCCCAGCAGCGUGCGCCGCCGCAGUUCUACAACAGCCAGCCAGCGUACGGAUCACCGCGACAGCAGCAGGUUCCUCCAAAUCAGCCGCAGCAACAUUUUCAGCCCUUUGGAUUUGAACCGGMCAUGGACAUGGACAUGGAAAAUAUGUUUGGACGGUCACGGUUGGGCCGUCUAAACAACGAUCCCUUCGCUGGCUUUGGAGGCACACGUAAGCGGAAUAGUUUGCACGAUCCCCAUAUUCCCACCCAUCCCCAGGCACACUCAAUGCAUGCUGACGAUGACUUUUCUCAUUAUUUUGACGAUGCCGCAGACUUUGGAUUUCCGCAAUUUUCAACACUUGGCCGGCGCGCUCGCGCAUCCGGCGGCGCCAACAGCAGUAUAGAGCCGGACGAUGAUUUCUUUCACAGACUGCCAUCGGAGUUCCGUCAAUACAUACCAGAGGGGUUCGCCAGCCGUCGAGCUGUCCCAUCUCAGCAGCGUCCACAGCCGUCGCAGCAGUACUACCAGCAAGAGUUUGGUGUGCCCCAGCAGCCGGGAUCGGCGGCAUCGACUGGACAACCGCAGGGGCCACAGUCGCCCUCGAAGCGGCUUUGCGAUGCCGCAAUUCAAACGGACGACCCCGCUGGCCGCUCGGAGGUCGAUUGCGCACCAACUGUGAAUCUAAGCCAGCAUGGACUGCGCAACACCAUGGACAUGGGCGUGAAGAGCACCGCUGAACAAGAGCAAGGGCCGCGUUCGCACUCAGCGCCGCCACCUGAGCAACAGCAGCUAAAUCAGCAGUACCAGCAACAGACGAAUCCACCACAAUUCAGCACGCAGACCAGUCCACCAGCGCAGCCAAACCUGGGAACGGGCCAGCCGCAAUUUCAUAAGACUUACUAUGCCCCGCAGCAGCAAGCGCAUCCCCAGCAGAAGCAGCAGACACCGCCGCUUCCUCAAACACCCGGCGGCAGCAACGUUCGCACCAUACCGAUUUUCGUGGAGGGUCGUGCAGAGCCCGUUAUCAAUGCCCAUAAGGAGAUACCAAAUCAGAGUCAUUCAGGUGCCGGUCAAGCUCACUCGCAGGCCUGGUCCCAGGCACAUCAUGCACCAACGCAGCCCAGUCAACAGCAGCGUCCUGCUCCACUUAAUACUCAGCAGCCGCAAGGCGACCAGCAAUUGCAGACGGACGCUGGUGCCGGUGUGCCGCCGCAGACCCCGCAUACGGUAGACUCGAUCAAAAAGAUUCAGGACAUACAGCGCGAUGUGCUGGAUCUAAUGGCCAAGGUGGAGCAGUUCAAAGGCACUCGCCAAGACAAGGAAUACGUAUACCUGGACGAGAUGCUCACACGCAAUCUUCUUAAGCUAGACACCAUUGACACAAACGGCAAGGAUAGCAUUCGGCUAGCGCGUAAAGAAGCUAUCAAAUGCAUACAGGCAUCAGUUAAUGUGCUAGACGCCAAAGCUGAGGAAAACGGCAGAAGAACAUCUGGAGUGGAGGAAAAUGCAGUCAGUGCCGAGGCAGCAGGUUCAGCACUCGCCAAAGAGGAAGAGCCUUCAGCGAACGCUGAACCUGCUACCCCGCAGCCCUUGGAUGCAACCAAAAUCCAAGAUCCUAUACCUCUACCACCGCCGCAGAGUAACGCAGAGAUAGCCGCUGACCAAUCCACAACAGAAUCACAAGCUGCGUCAACCGAUUCAAAGGAAUCACCCAAAGCUGAGAUCACAACAGUAACACAGUCAUCGGAAUGAUUGUCAAGGCACCUGUACAGCACCGCUUCGAAGCAGCUAUACAAAUUAACCAAAAUGAAAUCAAAAUAAUGGGGGAGCUAAAAAAUGAUUUUUUAAUAUAUCGGAGGCAAGCGGCACUUUCUUGAUGAAAGAACAUCUGAA